GCGUCCUCCAGAGGUGCAGCAGAGCCCCGCGCACCACAUUGUUUCUAUGUACGUGCCGUCACAGUGCAGACAGAGGUUGUAAAUAUGGCGGCGGACGGGAUGGUGCUCACCAACCACGACCAUCAGACCCGAGUGGGGAUCCUGACGGUCAGUGACAGCUGUUUCAAGAACCUGGCCGAGGACAGGAGCGGAGUCAACCUGAAAGACCUGGUCCACGAUCCCUCGCUGCUGGGAGGAGUCAUAGCAGCCUACAAGAUAGUUCCAGAUGAGAUCGAUGAAAUCAAGGAAACUCUUUUGGAGUGGUGCGAUGAAGAGGAGCUGAAUCUCAUUCUGACUACUGGAGGAACUGGCUUUGCACCGCGAGAUGUUACACCUGAGGCCACCAGAGAAGUGAUCGAGCGAGAGGCCCCAGGUAUGGCUCUGGCCAUGCUGAUGGGAUCACUCAACGUAACACCGCUAGGCAUGCUGUCCAGGCCGGUGUGUGGUAUUCGUGGUAAAACUUUGAUCAUCAACCUGCCAGGGAGCAAGAAGGGCUCUCAGGAGUGUUUUCAGUUCAUCUUGCCCGCUCUGCCCCAUGCCAUCGACCUGCUGCGAGAGGCCACUGUCAGAAUCAAAUCCACACACGCCGCCUUGGAGCAGCUGCCCUCCCCUUCCUCUCUGCUGGCCAACACGCACACCAACGCUCACUCCAACAUGCACACCAUGGAGCGUGGCACCCAGUGCGAGGAAGAGGAAGAUGAGGAGGAGGACCACAGUAGAGGCCACCAUGUGCACAACCACCACCAUCCCCAGCAUGGCUCCUCCCACAUCACCGCAGCAGACAUCGCUGCCAAGACCAGCCAUGCUGUGGUCAUGGCUAAGGGGAGUCCCUAUCUGCCUGGUACCACACCCGCCCCACCCACUCAUUACACGUGCUCCUGUACUCAUGACCAGCAGAUCCCGGACUCGAUCACUUCUCGAGGCGUUCAGGUGCUUCCUCGAGAUUCGGCCUCUUUAAGCUCCACCCCUUCCGAGUCACCACGGGCGACACAGGCGACCUCCCGCCUUUCCACCGCCUCGUGCCCGACACCCAAGGUUCAGUCACGAUGUGGCAGUAAUGAGAACAUUCUGAGAGCCAGCCACAGUGCAGUGGACAUCAGCAAAGUGGCACGUCGUCAUCGCAUGUCCCCGUUCCCAUUGACGUCAAUGGACAAAGCCUUCAUCACUGUUCUGGAGAUGACACCUAUUCUGGGAAUUGAAGUCAUUAACUACAGAGACGGUUUGGGUCGAGUGCUCGCUCAGGACAUCUACGCCAAAGACAACCUUCCUCCGUUCCCCGCCUCCGUCAAAGAUGGCUAUGCGGUGCGAGCUGCUGACGGCCCAGGAGAUCGCUUCAUCAUGGGAGAAUCCCAGGCUGGACAACAGCCCACCCACACGGUGAUGCCCGGUCAGGUGAUGAGGGUGACUACCGGGGCUCCGAUUCCAUGUGGAGCUGAUGCUGUGGUCCAAGUUGAAGAUACGGAGCUGCUGAGGGAGUCUGAAGAUGGCACCGAGGAGUUGGAGGUGAGGAUUAUGGUCCAGGCCCGGCCAGGGCAGGACAUCAGGCCAAUAGGUCACGACAUUAGGCGAGGGGAGUGUGUGUUGUCCAAAGGAACACACAUGGGCCCGUCAGAGAUCGGCCUGCUGGCAACAGUGGGAGUGACCGAGGUCAGCGUGCACAAGUUUCCUGUGGUGGCUGUCAUGUCCACUGGAAAUGAGCUGUUGAAUCCAGAGGACGACCUCCACCCAGGGAAGAUCCGAGACUCUAACCGCUCCACUCUUCUGGCCACCAUCCAGGAGCAUGGAUACCCGACCAUCAACCUGGGCAUCGUUGGAGACAACCCCGACGACCUGCUUUCAGCUCUCCAUGAGGGAAUCAGUCGCGCCGACGUCAUCAUCACCUCAGGAGGAGUGUCCAUGGGAGAGAAGGACUACCUAAAGCAGGUGCUGAAUAUCGACCUUCAUGCUCAGAUCCACUUUGGACGAGUCUUUAUGAAGCCAGGUCUUCCUACUACCUUUGCCACAGUUGACAUUGAUGGAGCACGGAAACUCAUCUUUGCUCUGCCAGGUAACCCAGUGUCUGCAGUGGUGACAUGUAACCUGUUUGUGAUUCCUGCUCUGAGGAAGAUGCAAGGCAUUCUGGAUCCUCGACCUACUAUUAUUAAAGCUCGGCUUUCCUGUGAUGUUAAACUGGAUCCCAGACCAGAGUACCACCGCUGUAUUCUCACCUGGCAUCACCAGGAGCCACUGCCCUGGGCACAGAGCACAGGCAACCAGGUGUCCAGCAGACUCAUGUCCAUGCGUAGCGCCAACGGCCUGCUGAUGUUGCCUCCUAAAACGGAGCAGUAUGUGGAGCUGCAUAAAGGAGAGGUCGUGGACGUCAUGGUGAUCGGACGGCUAUGAUGCAGACUUCGAUGUCACUCGCUACAGAUUACCAGGGCAGUGCCAGGACUUCCUGUCUGGACAGGAAAUGGACGGGGGCAGGAAGUGAUGCAUGUCUACCUGGUUGCCAUUAGCUGUGAUGUCAUAUGCAACAGCCAAUUGGAGCCAGCGCAGGCUGAGUCCUCAUUGGUCUGCUCUGAGGAGAUCACUGUAUUUCAAUGGAGAAAAAAAAAAAGUGAAAACAAAUAUAUAAAAUAUGAGAUUUAUUCUGUAAUAUUAUUAUUACUAUCCUGAUGAUAAUGAUUAUUAAUAUUCUUAAUUAAUAUUCUAUUUAUUAUUAUUGAUUGAAUAUUAUCAUCUUAGUAGUAAUCAUUCCCUCUUCUUUCCUGUUCAUUUGCCUUGUGCUUUUCCCUGGUAGAUAUAGAGAUGUAGACUUCCCCUUCCUUACUCCAUUUCUCCUGAGCCCUUUGCCCUUUCUCUCCCCUCCUUUCUCUUCUUCUUCUUCUUCUUUUUUCUACUUCCGUCUCUGCUCUGGCGCCCUCUAUCCAGAUAUAGAAACUCUGAUAACCCUUCCCCGCAGUUAUUACUACAUCUGCUCCUAGAACACACUGACCCUGACAUCAACAUUGACAGACGUGUGAACGAAAAGGCUUAUGAGGACAUCUGUUAAUGAAGCUGCUGGUAUAGUUUGUGCCAGUACAGAAAAAAAUACAACUUUUUUGCCAAAAGAGGGAGAAAAAAAAAUGCAAGGAUGCUUUGUAUUUGUUUUUUUAUAAUUUGUUUUUUUGUCCAGAUACAACACUUUGAGACCAUACUGAGACACAUCAUGUCUCAUCAUGAGUCUCAGUGAAAAGCCAUGAGACUCUUGUCAGUGGGUGAUUGGCUGAGCUUUAAGGCGGCAGGGUGAGGCAGGACACUGGAAUUCUCUGCUCCAACAUCAAAUCUGAAAAAAAUCAUGACAAUAAGGUACACAACACAACCCUAACCCUAACCCUCACUCCAAAGUGCUGUUUGAUUUACACGUGUUUACACCACAAUACUACAUUACAAAAUUGAAAUACUAAGUAUUUGGUAAAUAUGCUUUUUUGGAAUUCCUUUUUAAAACUAUUAAAAGAUGAGGCGGACUUUUUUUUUCUCUAUUUUUCAUGUGGUCGCGAAAUCCCACGAAAAGUCUAAAAUCCACAUUGUGUCAGUGACUGUCGCUCUCUAUGUUCUGACUCCGAGUUGUUUCCUACUGAAGGGAAAAGUUAAAUUCCCUUUCUUCCUGAGAGAUGAGGAGAUGGACCCCCCAUGUGUCUGUUAAAUAUAAAACUACAACAAGCCGACUAGACUCCAUACAAUUGGAAUGUAGCCGGGGUUUAGCAAACGUUACUCCAGUAUGAGUUAACCUGCACCUUUAUGUUUGGUGCUAUAAUUGAGUAUUUCUGGCAACGAGAAGGCGUGUGCGGAAUGGAGCCGAAGCAAAUGUGUGUGUGCGCGUGUUUGUCUUCGUCUUCAUUACAGUGAAGAAAUGUGUCACCUAGUGCAACGCGUGGCUCCUGGCGCUUGCAAAUACGACGUGUGGGACUUUAGAUGCCACAGACGUGAACACGUUCUUUGUCGGUUUUGGCCUUUUCAUGGGAUUUGGUAACGCCAAGGAAAAUGUAGAGUAUUACCAUUCUCUCGGUGGCCAAAGAGUACAAUACUUAGUUGAGAGCGAGUUUCAAAGGCAGGCUUUGUUUCUCGGCCAAUAGGGAGCCUCCACCCUUUUCCCCGCUUUAUCCUGUAAACCACACGAACGUGGAUUGAAGAAGUCGAACGAGCGGUGACGUGAUAUAUUCCUAACUCAGAGAAACUCUGACGUGACAUCGCUCGAUAAGCAGGGUGUCGCAUUCAGGUGCUCAUAAACUGUACAACUAGUGUAUUUCUACCAUGACAGUGUUAAGGUGCUUGUUGAAGUCAAAAUUAUCGGUGCAGUUCAAGGCUGUAAAUCAAACGACAUCAUUUGACUGCUUCUCUCUCUCUCUCUCUCUCUCUCUCUCUCUCUCUCUCUCUCUCAAUGUACUGUAAGUAGUCCGAGCAACACGGAGACAUCUAGAAAACCUUGUGUGAUGCUUAGCCCAUGACGAGAUCUUAUUUUAUUCAAACAGAACAGUAGACCCGCGGUAUCCUGCUGAUCAAACACCAACCUCCAAUUGUUUACCAAUGAACAAGGAACAUUCAAAUGCAUCAUAUGCAGUCACCAGUGCACCAUACCUCACCCCAUCCGGUUCCUCUAAUUCUUCCUAUCAGCGUGAUCAGUGCCAAACAAACCCACAUGGUCAAAGGUCUAAUGCUGCAUUCAGGUCAUAUUGGAAUAAAGGUCCAGAGCUGUGACACGUAUUUGAAUUGAGCGGUACUUUACAGCUCCAACCUGACGUAGUUGUGUUUUUUCUUGAUGUCAGAUCUUCCUGCUGAUUGUCUUGUUACAGUUACCCCAAAGAAACAUGAGGUGAAUAUUAUUGGUCGAAGCUCGUAUCUACUGUCUUUCCUCUAUGACCAGAAUGCUGCAUCAGUCGGUUUCCCUGACCUUUGACCCCUCUCCUCAUAGGCUGACACAGUCUUUCUCCGCCUCUCCCUCCAUUCCUCCCUCUCCUCAUAUCCCUCUCAUCCUCCCCACUUUCUUCACAUUUGCACGCCCAUCAAGGGGGUGGGGUAGGGGCGUGUCUUUCUCUUUGGGCAGGAUCGGUUCCAGGUGUGAGACCGGGGUGCAGUAUCUAGGCGUGGCUUCUGCUCUGUCGAAAUGCUCCAUUCAUGCCAGUUCUUGAUGCGAUUAUUGGUGCGCAAGACAAGUUUUCAGAGUCCAGCCUCUGGUACCAACGCUGUCUUCUCAUUUACUCCUCUGGCCCAGAUGUCAGAAACUUCCCAGUUACCUCAAAUGCACCAUACAUCUAUCAGUGGCUCAUGCUGCGUUCACGUCACCGAAUACAAAUUGUGAAAACAGGAGGACAUUUGUUUUGAAACAGGCAUUUAUUCACUGGAAGGCCCACAUCCAAAUUAAAUUUUUAAAAUAAGCACUGAAUUGAAACGCCACCUUUUACGCUAUUCCACAUUCGGCAGCUCAUAUUUACGGUACGACCACGAUGACGUGAACACAGCAUCAGAGCGUGUCCUGGCACCUGCCCAAGGAGGACCAGUCAAACCCAGAUAGAUUAAUUUGAGUAAGAAGAAGCAGGUUAUUGUUAAACUGCCUUUGUACUGAGUGAUUCGUAACACUGGACUGAACUCAGUGUCACACUGCACAUACUAUUAACUAUGACCAGCACUUGUAAUGAAGCAAUGACACAGCAUUCUACUACUACUACUGUAUAAAUAUGAUGAAGAGGAUGUUUUUUUCUGUAAUAUUAUUGAAACUGAAGAUGAAUUAAUAAAAAUAAUCCUGAUUAUUCUGUA